AUGAUGCUCUAUUCAGGCACAAAUCGGCUUUACAACGCACCUGUUACACGCGGGAGAGGCAGCACUGGCUGCAGCGUCGGCGCGAGGCCUUUCAGCGGUGCAGCGGCUGCGCGGCGCAGCAGGACCUGCACCGUGCGCGCCGCUGAGGCGUCCAACCCCAAUGACUUUGGGGAGUCUGUGAAGCGGAUAGCCAAGAAGAUCCAGGGCGGCCUGCCCGUCAUCGGCCUGCUGUCGCGCCUGGCCUCACCCCAGGGCGGGUUUGAUGAGCUCGCAUACCCGGAGUUCUGCCGCUCAGUCUACGACAGGGCCAGCCCGGCAUAUUUUGAGGCCGUGCAGGCUCUUGAGAAGGCGCACGGCAAGCCUGCCGUGCACCGCCAGCUGCUGCUGGUGCUGUGGAUGGCCCAGCUCGGCAGCGGCGCCAUCCCGGCAAAGGACGUCAUCAGCGGGGCGCGGAGAGUGCGCGUAAGCCACGACGUGGAGUUUGAGGUGGACCGCUUUGAGGGCGCGCGCGAGGCCGCCCUCAAGAAGUACACCAUGAUGGAGCGGCCCCAGGGCCGCCUGGCGGAGCAGGUCGAGGUGGCGGUGGACGCCCUCGCAGCGCUCACGCUCGGCCUGCCCGAAGGAAAGCCGAUCCCCGAGGUUGACGCGGCCCGCAUCGCCACCCUGGUGGCGUUCGUGUUCCCGGAGGCGGGCGACGAGCGCGUGCGGCAAGCGGUGCAGGAGCGGCCGCAGCGCAGCUACAGCUGA